AUGGGCACUGCGGCCAGCAGUCCCGCGUCUCGCGCUCCCCGCAGCAGCAGCAGUAGCAGCAAUAGCAACAGCACGUCCAACCACAGCACGUCCAACUACAGUACCACGACCACCGCCAAGAGCAGCAAGCGGCGCAGCAGUGUCAGCCGCAUGAGCCACCGCAGCGGCUUCCUCAGCGCACUCGUGUCCAGUCGCCGUCUCGAGUUCACGCUCGCCAACAUGCGGACGCUCCACGCGCAGCUCACGCGCUUUGACGCGCUCCAAGACGCUGACAUUGUCGAGCUCUUGCGCGUGCUCGCCGAGUUUCUCAUCUACUCGGACCAGCACCGCGUGUCGACCGAAGGCGACGACCCGCAAGACGCUGCUACUGCUACUACUACUACUGCGGCGACUUGGCCGUCCACGGAAGACCCCAUGGGAACAAGCGACGACGCGGGCGCGUUCUUUGACUACUUUGGCGAGACCAAUAUGCUCGCGCUGUUUGUGGAACUAGGGGCCAGCUCGCCGUCGAUUGCCGUCCAAGUGCAGCUGUUGCAGACCAUGAGCAUCUUGGUGCAGAACAUUGCUACCCGCACGUCGCUGUACUACAUUUUGAGCAACAACCACGUGAAUCGGCUUCUCGAGUGCCCGUUCCUCGUCGAUGGCGACGACGACGUGCGCGAUUGGUACGUCACGCUGCUCAAAGCACUGUCGCUGAGACUGAACGACGAGACGGUGCAGUUUUUCCUUGACACGCAGCAAAGACGAGAGGACGACACGGGCUUCCCACUCUAUGCACGUGCGCUGGCGUUUGGACGCUGCAAAGAGACGAUGGUGAAGGUUGCUGUCAAGACGUUGACGUUGAAUGUGCUGAAUGUGCCGGAUGCGCGCGUGCGCCGGUUUGUGCUGCAGUACGACAACCUCCAGUAUUACCGAGACAUUGUGGAGAUUGCAAAUGACCUGACCCUCACGAUACAGGGACUGUUGAAUACUUGGCCAUGUGCAGCUGAACAGGCGGCCAAAACAGCGACGUCGGAAAAACUAGAAGAAGCUGUGGACGCGUACAUUGAUCACUGCUUUUACCUGCAGGAUCUAUUGACAGUGGAUGUACCGGAGCUCUGCCAUAAAAUUGGAGACUUGCUUUUUGCACGACAUGUCAAGUCUUUGUUGGCGGCGAGUAUUUUGCCAGAUUGUGCACCUCCACCGCAGAGAGUGUCAACACAGCUAGCGCUCUACUUGCUGAGUCGACUGGUAGGCAUCUUGGAGCACACGCCUCUUGUCAAUGCGAUUGUGCACAUGAUGCUGUCGUCUGAUGCAGGCGAACAGUAUAAUUACCCACGAGUGGCUCUUGAAGGCCAAUCAUCUCAGCAGCAGGUCAGCCCUCAUUGCGUGGACAAGGUGGACACGAAUGUUGAUGUCGAGUAUGGUGACGGCAAUAAUAAUGGCGAGGACUGUGUAAACACCGAAGGUGAUCGUGAUCAUGAUGGCGAUGGUGACGGUUCAUCCGCUGAAGUCGCUGACAGUAAAGUCGAUGAAGGUGACGAUGAAGUUUGUGAUGAAGGUCGUGGCGACGGUGAAGUCGUUGAAGGCGAUGUUGGAGGUUGUGAUGAAGGUGAAGUCGAUGAUGGUGACGACACUGUAAUAGCAGGAAACGUGCCGCGACCACUGUCUUUGCACCCUUCUUCUGGAUGGAAUGAGGAGGCACGUUCGACGCAUGUCUUCCGUCCCCACUCAGCAAGCGUGUGCGAGUCGUCGUCGUGCUACAUUCAGACGCGUUUUUCCAUGGGCGAGUGGCCGAACGACGAGGUGAAGGCGUUCGUCCCGCACACCACCAAUUGCUACCGCCAAUCUUUCUUGUCACUGCUUUGUUCCAGUGACGAGCGCCUUUCGACUACUGCAGUGAUGCUGCUGCUAGCCGUUAUUAACAACAACGCCGUUGAUCACUCGCUGUUACGAAAGCUGGACCUACUGCCUUUUCGCAACCGCCGCAGCGAACGUAUGAGUUGCGAUGACGAUUUGGUAGCUGUGGACGAUCACGAUGCUGCUGUGCAACCGAGCGAUGUCUCGGACGAGGUUGGGGAUGGUAGCUCUCGGCCACCGGCCACUACAUCCAUCCCGUCUCCAUGUGAUGACUCUGACUUACACAAGAAUGUAGAGGAUGAUGUAAACGAUGCCGUACACAUUGACGAGCUGGAUACGGAAGUACCAAGCGGAGGUGGUGAUGAAGCACCGAGUGCUACUGGAGUCGAUCCGCCGUGCAGUAUAGCGGAGUACCCUCAUUGGCUAGUCGACUUGAUAUUGAAGGUGCUGGCGCGAAACCUGAGCUCGCGCUUGCUUAGCGUGCAACUGUGCACGCGUGCGUUGGUGGACAUCAUGGCAGACACGCGCACCCCGACUUUGCAUUGUCUUGCUUCGCACCACGCUGCUGCAAUCCAGAGUAUUCACUCGGGCAGCGCACACCAAGUGAUGGAGAGCAUCUGCGGCGCCAUGACUGAAGUCGAUCUGUUUGUGUACGUGUUGGAAAAAGAGGUGGAGACUUUUCAGCGUACAAGCUUCCCGGUGGCGUUGCAAAUAGACUCUUCCUCGCCGUACGAGUGUCUCAUUCCGCUUGAGACAGCUGAGGCCACUACUUCUCUUGCGUGGGCUGGUAUCCGGGACACGCUGGCACUGCGGUGCCCCGCAAACGACAUCGAAGUAUCUUGCAAAGCCGUGCGCGUAUUCCUCUUGUUGCGAAAGCUGCGCGAAGUUUUGGAUACGAGCUAUGUAAACGAUGGUCUCGAGUGGCUUGUUGCCAACCGACACCCGCGUACGAGUGUACUUGCAAGUGCUGCGGCUGGGAGGUACACUUGCACUGUGCCAUUGGACGGUAUGGUCUCUAUCAGGUGCAUGUAUCGUGAACAGCGUUUUCUGCUGAUGCCUACGAGACUAUUGAUGGUAAUGAAUCCCGAGGCAUUUGUACUGAUGGAAAAGAUUCCUGAUUCAAGCAACGACAGCAGUUCGCAUGACGGGGAAGGAGAAGGCGUUGUGAGGGUGUUUGCACCGAUCCAUCGUACGUACUGCAAAAUCGAUCCGCGAGACGAUCGGGUGCUGCAGGUGUCAGUGCGCUCUGCAGUGCCUGUGCCAGGCUGCCGUGGUGCUCGAAAAGACCAUCAAGAUACGUCAUCUUCAGGCAAGCUGAAGGACUGGCAGGUUUUGUUGAUGUUUCCAACCUCGGAAGAUUGUGCUCAGGCCCAAGCGCAUAUCACGAUCAGUGGGACCGAGGUGCGCGCGUUCAAGUUGCGCCAGAUUCGGAAGAGUUUCACUGCCCAUCUAGAGGUGACUCAGUAUAGCAGCAACGAGCGGCAGCGAUCCUGGUUUACCAAUGUCACAUUCGAUGCAAACAUUGAUGAAAAUGUCGAAGGGGAUGAAGACAGAAGCAGCAAAGACGAUAUACGAGGCGAUGGCAAUGAGGAUGAUGAUGGUGAAGAAGAAGAAGGAGGGGACGAAGAUCGAGAUCACGACAAAAGCAGUGAGUAA